AAAGAGAACUUGGACGCCAGGAGGAUCCCAUCACUGUACGGACUGUAGCAGACAGAAUCCGGCUUCGGGGUUCAGAUCAGUCGCACGGAAGGUGGAAAUAGCCCACAAGUUCUACCCUGCCUCGGUCUUCCCGCAACAGCGCAGGCGCCAGGACUGCUAGGACGCCGCGCGCCUCCCGCGAUGCCCCGCCCCGGCGCGAGGCAAGACGGGAAAGUCAAGAUGGACGCGUCCAUUUGAACGUCUCGCACGCCUUCCUGCCAUUAGCAUUCGAGCCCGCUGCUGUUUCCCGUUCUUCCUCCGGAAUAGGGGAGGGAGAGGGAAUGAGAAGCUGCCGCGGCCGAAGAGUCACUGUGACGGACCCCGCCGCUGUCCUCGGGCCUCCUCGGCCCCUGCGCCUCCGGGGAGCAGCCGGGGCUCGCCGCGCCUGACGCGUCCGGAGUUAUACAGGUGCGGGCGCCGGACCGCAGCACUUGGUGGUCUGUCGCGCGCCGCGUGACUCUCGCACCCGUCCCGAGGCCGAUCCAACCCCUGAUGGCCGUAGAGUUUCGCUCUUGUCCCCCAGGCUGGAGUACAAUGGCGCAAUCUCGGCUCACUGCAACCUCUGCCUCCCAGGUUCAAGCGAUUCUCUUGCCUUAGCCUCCCAAGUAGCUGGGAUUACAGAAAUAAUGUUGAUAUUUGGAACCCAUGUCGAACUUCUAUGAAGAAAGGGCAACGAUGAUUGCAGCCAGGGAUUUGCAGGAAUUUGUUCCUUUUGGUCGAGACCACUGCAAGCACCACCCUAAUGCUUUGAACCUUCAACUUCGCCAGCUGCAGCCAGCUUCUGAAUUAUGGUCUUCUGAUGGUGCUGCUGGCUUGGUGGGAUCCCUUCAGGAGGUUACAAUCCACGAGAAACAGAAGGAAAGCUGGCAGUUAAGGAAAGGAGUAAGUGAAAUUGGAGAAGACGUGGACUAUGAUGAGGAACUCUAUGUUGCUGGAAAUAUGGUGAUAUGGAGCAAAGGAAGUAAAAGCCAGGCAUUGGCAGUUUAUAAAGCGUUUACAGUUGACAGUCCUGUUCAGCAGGCAUUGUGGUGUGACUUCAUUAUAUCACAGGAUAAGUCUGAAAAGGCCUACAGUAGCAAUGAAGUAGAAAAAUGCAUAUGUAUAUUGCAAAGCUCAUGUAUUAACAUGCAUAGCAUAGAAGGAAAGGAUUACAUAGCUUCCUUACCAUUUCAGGUUGCAAAUGUUUGGCCCACUAAAUAUGGAUUGUUGUUUGAACGAAGCGCUUCUUCCCAUGAAGUACCUCCAGGUUCACCCAGAGAACCUUUACCCACUAUGUUCAGCAUGCUGCACCCACUAGAUGAAAUAACUCCACUUGUUUGUAAAUCUGGAAGUCUUUUUGGUUCAUCACGGGUGCAAUAUGUUGUAGAUCAUGCAAUGAAAAUUGUUUUCCUCAAUACUGACCCCUCUAUUGUAAUGACUUAUGAUGCUGUUCAAAAUGUGCAUUCUGUGUGGACUCUCCGGAGAGUCAAAUCAGAGGAAGAGAAUGUUGUUUUAAAGUUCUCUGAACAGGGGGGAACCCCACAGAAUGUGGCCACUAGCAGCUCCCUCACAGCACAUCUCAGAAGCCUCUCCAAAGGAGAUUCCCCUGUGACUUCACCUUUCCAGAAUUACUCCUCCAUUCACAGCCAGAGUCGCUCAACCUCAUCACCCAGUCUACAUUCUCGCUCACCUUCUAUUUCCAACAUGGCAGCUCUAAGUCGUGCUCAUUCUCCUGCCUUAGGAGUGCACUCUUUUUCAGGGGUGCAAAGGUUCAACAUUUCAAGCCAUAAUCAGUCUCCAAAGAGACAUAGUAUUUCUCAUUCUCCAAAUAGUAAUUCUAAUGGCUCCUUUCUUGCACCAGAAACGGAGCCAAUUGUUCCUGAACUGUGUAUUGACCAUUUGUGGACAGAAACGUUUUCUAAUAUAAGAGAGAAAAAUUCACAAGCCUCAAAAGUGUUUAUUACAUCUGACCUAUGUGGGCAAAAGUUCCUGUGCUUUUUAGUAGAGUCCCAGCUCCAGUUACGCUGUGUAAAGUUUCAAGAGAGUAAUGAUAAAACCCAGCUCAUCUUUGGUUCAGUGACCAACAUACCAGCAAAGGAUGCAGCACCAGUGGAGAAAAUAGACACCAUGCUGGUCUUGGAAGGCAGUGGAAACCUGGUGCUAUACACAGGAGUGGUUCGGGUGGGAAAGGUUUUUAUUCCUGGACUGCCAGCUCCUUCUCUGACGAUGUCCAACACAAUGCCUCGGCCCAGUACUCCACUUGAUGGUGUUAGUACUCCAAAGCCUCUUAGUAAACUCCUUGGAUCAUUGGAUGAGGUUGUUCUGUUGUCCCCAGUUCCAGAACUGAGGGAUUCUUCAAAACUUCAUGAUUCUCUCUAUAAUGAGGAUUGUACUUUCCAACAGCUUGGAACUUACAUUCAUUCUAUCAGAGAUCCUGUCCAUAACAGAGUCACCCUAGAACUGAGUAAUGGCUCCAUGGUUAGGAUCACUAUUCCUGAAAUUGCCACCUCUGAGUUAGUACAAACGUGUUUGCAAGCAAUUAAGUUUAUCCUGCCAAAAGAAAUAGCAGUUCAGAUGCUUGUCAAGUGGUACAAUGUCCACAGUGCUCCAGGAGGACCCAGUUAUCACUCAGAGUGGAAUUUAUUUGUGACUUGUCUCAUGAACAUGAUGGGUUAUAACACAGACCGCUUAGCAUGGACUAGAAAUUUUGACUUUGAAGGAUCACUUUCCCCUGUCAUUGCGCCCAAAAAAGCAAGGCCUUCUGAGACUGGAUCUGAUGAUGACUGGGAAUAUUUACUAAAUUCAGACUACCACCAGAAUGUUGAGUCUCAUCUUUUGAACAGAUCUUUGUGUCUGAGUCCUUCAGAAGCUUCACAAAUGAAGGAUGAGGAUUUUUCACAGAAUCUCAGUGUGGAUUCUUCUACACUUCUCUUUACUCACAUACCUGCAAUUUUUUUCGUUCUUCACCUUGUGUAUGAGGAGCUCAAGUUGAAUACUCUAAUGGGAGAAGGGAUUUGUUCACUUGUUGAACUUCUCGUUCAGUUGGCAAGGGACUUAAAAUUGGGGCCUUAUGUAGAUCAUUACUAUAGAGACUACCCAACGCUUGUCAGAACUACUGGACAAGUGUGCACAAUUGAUCCAGGUCAAACAGGAUUUAUGCAUCAUCCAUCAUUUUUUAUGUCUGAGCCACCAAGUAUUUAUCAGUGGGUGAGUUCUUGUCUGAAGGGUGAAGGAAUGCCACCUUAUCCUUACCUCCCUGGAAUCUGUGAAAGAAGCAGACUUGUAGUCUUGAGUAUUGCACUGUACAUACUUGGUGAUGAGAGCUCGGUUUCUGAUGAAUCCUCACAGUAUUUAACCAGAAUAACUAUAGCCCCCCAGAAGUUGCAAGUAGAACAAGAGGAAAACAGGUUUAGUUUCAGGUAUUCUGCGUCCGUUUCUAGUCUAGCUGAAAGAUUGGUUGUCUGGAUGACUAAUGUAGGAUUCACUUUAAGAGAUUUGGAAACUCUUCCCUUUGGAAUUGCUCUUCCCAUCAGAGAUGCAAUUUAUCACUGUCGUGAGCAGCCUGCCUCAGACUGGCCAGAAGCUGUCUGUCUCUUGAUUGGACGUCAGGAUCUUUCCAAGCAGGCCUGCGAAGGAAACUUACCCAAAGGGAAGUCUGUGCUCUCAUCAGAUGUUCCUUCAGGAACAGAAACUGAGGAGGAAGAUGACGGCAUGAAUGACAUGAAUCACGAGGUCAUGUCAUUAAUAUGGAGUGAAGAUUUAAGGGUGCAAGAUGUGCGAAGGCUUCUUCAGAGUGCGCAUCCUGUCCGCGUCAACGUAGUGCAGUACCCAGAGCUCAGCGACCACGAGUUCAUUGAGGAAAAGGAAAACAGAUUGCUUCAAUUGUGUCAGCGAACUAUGGCUCUUCCUGUAGGACGAGGAAUGUUUACCUUGUUUUCAUACCAUCCAGUUCCAACAGAGCCAUUGCCUAUUCCUAAAUUGAAUCUGACUGGGCGUGCCCCUCCUCGGAACACAACAGUAGACCUUAAUAGUGGAAACAUCGAUGUGCCUCCCAACAUGACAAGCUGGGCCAGCUUUCAUAAUGGUGUGGCUGCUGGCCUGAAGAUAGCUCCUGCCUCCCAGAUCGACUCAGCUUGGAUUGUUUACAAUAAGCCCAAGCAUGCUGAGUUAGCCAAUGAGUAUGCUGGCUUUCUCAUGGCUCUGGGUCUGAAUGGGCACCUUACCAAGCUGGCGACUCUCAAUAUCCAUGACUACUUGACCAAGGGCCAUGAAAUGACAAGCAUUGGACUGCUACUCGGUGUUUCUGCUGCAAAACUAGGCACCAUGGAUAUGUCUAUUACUCGGCUUCUUAGCAUUCACAUUCCUGCUCUCUUACCCCCAACGUCCACAGAGCUGGAUGUUCCUCACAAUGUCCAAGUGGCUGCAGUGGUUGGCAUUGGCCUUGUAUAUCAAGGGACAGCUCACAGACAUACUGCAGAAGUCCUGUUGGCUGAGAUAGGACGGCCUCCUGGUCCUGAAAUGGAAUACUGCACUGACAGAGAGUCAUACUCCUUAGCUGCUGGCUUGGCCCUGGGCAUGGUCUGCUUGGGGCAUGGCAGCAAUUUGAUAGGUAUGUCUGAUCUCAAUGUGCCUGAGCAGCUCUAUCAGUACAUGGUUGGAGGACAUAGGCGCUUUCAAACAGGAAUGCAUAGGGAGAAACAUAAAUCACCAAGUUAUCAAAUCAAAGAGGGAGAUACCAUAAAUGUGGAUGUGACUUGUCCAGGUGCUACUCUAGCUUUGGCUAUGAUCUACUUAAAAACCAAUAACAGAUCUAUUGCAGAUUGGCUCCGAGCCCCUGACACCAUGUAUUUGUUGGACUUUGUGAAGCCAGAAUUUCUCUUGCUUAGGACACUUGCUCGAUGCCUGAUUUUGUGGGAUGAUAUUUUACCAAAUUCCAAGUGGGUUGACAGCAAUGUUCCUCAAAUUAUAAGAGAAAAUAGUAUCUCUCUCAGUGAAAUCGAAUUGCCGUGCUCAGAGGAUUUGAAUUUGGAAACUUUGUCCCAAGCACAUGUCUACAUAAUUGCAGGAGCCUGUUUGUCUCUGGGUUUUCGAUUUGCUGGCUCAGAAAAUUUAUCAGCAUUUAACUGUUUGCAUAAAUUUGCAAAAGAUUUUAUGACUUAUUUGUCUGCACCUAAUGCUUCUGUUACAGGUCCUUAUAACCUAGAAACUUGUCUGAGCGUGGUGCUGCUGUCUCUCGCCAUGGUCAUGGCUGGCUCAGGAAACCUAAAGGUUUUGCAGCUUUGUCGCUUCUUACACAUGAAAACGGGUGGUGAAAUGAACUAUGGUUUUCACUUAGCCCACCACAUGGCCCUUGGACUUCUAUUUUUGGGAGGAGGAAGGUACUCUUUGAGCACAUCAAAUUCUUCCAUUGCCGCUCUUCUCUGUGCCCUCUAUCCGCACUUCCCAGCUCACAGCACUGACAACCGGUAUCAUCUCCAGGCUCUCCGGCACCUCUAUGUGCUGGCCGCGGAGCCCAGGCUUCUAGUGCCUGUGGAUGUGGACACAAACAUGCCCUGCUAUGCCCUCUUAGAAGUUACCUACAAGGGAACUCAGUGGUAUGAACAAACCAAAGAAGAAUUGAUGGCUCCUACCCUUCUUCCAGAACUCCAUCUUUUAAAGCAGAUUAAAGUUAAAGGCCCAAGAUACUGGGAACUGCUCAUAGAUUUAAGCAAAGGAACACAACACUUGAAGUCCAUCCUUUCCAAGGAUGGGGUUUUAUAUGUUAAACUCCGGGCGGGUCAGCUCUCCUACAAAGAAGAUCCAAUGGGAUGGCAAAGUUUGUUGGCUCAGACUGUUGCUAACAGAAACUCUGAAGCCCGGGCUUUCAAGCCAGAAACAAUCUCAGCAUUCACUUCUGAUCCAGCACUUCUGUCAUUUGCUGAAUAUUUCUGCAAGCCAACUGUGAACAUGGGUCAGAAACAGGAAAUUCUGGAUCUCUUUUCUUCAGUACUCUAUGAAUGUGUUACCCAGGAGACCCCAGAGAUGUUGCCUGCAUACAUAGCAAUGGAUCAGGCUAUAAGAAGACUUGGGAGAAGAGAAAUGUCUGAGACUUCUGAACUUUGGCAGAUAAAGUUGGUGUUAGAGUUUUUCAGCUCCCGAAGCCAUCAGGAGCGGCUGCAGAACCACCCUAAGCGAGGGCUCUUUAUGAACUCGGAAUUCCUCCCUGUUGUGAAGUGCACCAUCGAUAAUACCCUGGACCAGUGGCUACAAGUCGGGGGUGAUAUGUGUGUGCACGCCUACCUCAGCGGGCAGCCCUUGGAGGAACCACAGCUGAGCAUGCUGGCCUGUUUCCUCGUCUACCACUCUGUGCCAGCUCCACGGCACCUGCCGCCUAUAGGACUAGAAGGGAGCACAAGCUUUGCUGAACUGCUCUUCAAAUUUAAGCAGCUAAAAAUGCCAGUGCGAGCUUUGCUGAGAUUGGCUCCUUUGCUUCUUGGAAAUCCACAGCCAAUGGUGAUGUGACCGUGUCUGGUGGUGAACCUACCCUGAAACGUGACUUCUGCACAAAAAACGUGACCAAACAUCAAAGCUAAAGCAAUGUUUAUAAAGUUUUAUGGUAUAACUAGGGGGAAAUGAGCUGCACAAACCUCAAUGUAUUUUAAAUCUGUUGCUGUCAUCAUUAACAUUAUAUGAUAUAUAAAAGCAAGUUGAAAUUUACUUUUGUAAAUAAAGUUUUUGGUUUGUUUUCAAAA